GUCAUCCCAGCAGAGAUGUGCGUUAUCGCUCCCGACCAACGUUACGCGCGAAAGCUCCCUCCCGAAUUCUCGCCGACUAUGGUUAAAUUUUCUUCGAAGAACCCCCAGGAUCGCCUGGCGCUCAUUAGUGCUGGCAUCAACAAUUCGGGACUGGAUUAUCAGAAUUCUCCGUUCUUGCAAGACGCUGGGAUUACCGUGUCUCCCGACCCGAUCUCAGUCACUGGGCGCGUCCUCCCGACGCCCAAAAUACACUAUGGAAACCCUGCCUCUAGCAGACCCGUGGUAAGUCCAGGACGUUUUGCGUUUAAUUCGAUGGAUACAAACACGCCAGGAAUAAGCGACUCGGGGGCUGGCGCCGUCACUGUAACUGCAGGACAAAAAGUUGCAUUUUUGAGGGGGGUUCAGACCUGA